GUGAAGUAAGCACGACGGACGAUGCGCUCGUAUCUCCGUUUACUUUCCUUUGUUUACAAGUCGAUCGUAAACGAGCACGGUUAAUCAAAUCGUACAACACCAUUGUAUUAAAUAAGUUAGGUGCAGUGAAAUGCUGAGUGGUAGUGUGUAUUCAAAUGUAUGGUAUGAUAAUAAAUUCAACUGAUGGUACGAGAGGUCGUUGCCUGUGAAAAAAUAUGGAGUGGUUGAAGAGUCUGGUGGGGCGCAAGGAUCGUACGCAGGGUGCGAAUGCGCUGGACACUGGGGAUGCGCUGGAGUCAGCGCAAGAACGGCGCGAACGGUGGCGCAGCGUCUACGUCAUAUACUUCACCAUGUUUCAGAUGUCCCUCGGGUUCAGCAUCGUCCUGACGGGCGUCUGGCCAUACCUAGAUAAGCUCCAGCCCGGCUCGAGUAAGGAAGCGCUAGGUCUAGCGGUGGGCGCCAGUCCUCUAGGGCAGCUGGCCGCCUCACCGCUACUCGGGCUGUGGGCAAACCGGGCCGGCAGCGCUCGCGCACCCAUGCUGGCGACGCUAGCGUUGUUCGUGCUAGCAUCCACGUUGUACGCGCAACUUCACCUCACUCGACCACACGCGCAUCACUGGAUGCUAGCAGCCCGGGCUCUCGUUGGGAUCAGCUCCGCAAACGUCGCAGUGGCGCGCUCGUACUUGUCGGCCGCCACUCGCGAAAGUGAGCGGACACGUGCCGUGGCGGGGGCCUCGCUGGCGCAGGUGCUGGGUUUCGUGGUGGGGCCGGCGAUGCAGGCCGCCGCCGCGCCUCUGGGUCCCGGAGGGCCGUACCCGCCUCCCGGCUCCUACGUCCAGCCACUGCGCCUCGACAUGUAUACUGCUGCCGGCUGGAUCAACGCAAUACUGGGCCUCAUCAACUUUGUACUCUUUCUGCCUUUUUGCUUCAAAGAGAAGAAAAUCGCAGCUCGAGAAGCAAUGCUCGCCCAAGGAAAAGAAUCGGAGAAAGAAGCUUUAAAGGCGAUUAAACCUGACUACGUGAGUAGUUGGACAUUGGUUGCUGCAUUUUUCGUGCUCGUGUUCAACUUCGUACUGUUGGAGACCCUGGCCACGUCGCUGACCAUGGACCAGUUUGCGUGGAGCAAAAAACAGGCGUUGGAGUACAUGGGCGCGCUCAUGAGCGCUGGGGCUCUAGUUGCCUGCGCGGUGUUUGCACUCAUUGCCCCGCUCACGAAGAUUUUUGAAGAGAGAGCGUUGUUGCUGUGGGGCGGAUUUCUUCUAACGGGCAUGGCUUCCGUAUUCUGCAUUCCGUGGGGCCCGGGUCCUCCUCCGCUGGCGCCGGAGUCGCUGGAAGCGGGAGGCGGGUGUCCGCAGAGUUCACAGCCUUGGUGUGCCACCUCUCGUGGAAUCUCCCUCACGCAGUUUUUGCUGGGUUACACGUGCGUCUCCAUCGGGUACCCCUUGGGCGUUACGCUCAUUCAGACCAUUUUCUCAAAGGUGCUCGGGCCGCGGCCGCAGGGCGUGUGGAUGGGCGUGCUGACGGGCGCGGGCUGCGUGUCGCGCGCGCUCGGGCCCGUGUUCGUGUCAGCCGUGUACGCGCGGCGCGGGCCCGACGCCACGUUCGCGAGCACGGCCGCGCUCACGUUCGCGGCGCUGGCGGCGCUGCGCCUCGUGUACGCGCGCCUGCGCCCGCCGCCCGCGCCCGCGCCGUUUCGGGAGCUGCGCCCGCUCGCUGCGCCCGCCGCGCCCGCGCCCGACGCCGCCGCGUGACGGGCGCGCCGGUCGGGCGACUCUCGGCUCUCGGAUCGAGAGUGUGACAUAUAUGGGCUAUAGACGACAAGUUUAUAGUUUGAUAAUUGUGACACUGAUGUCGUGUGAUAGUUUGUUUCACGUUUAGAUACUUAAAUAUACGACCUCCUACAUGUGAAUGAAAAGAUACAUUCGAGUUGAGAAAAAAAUAUGUACCGUUUUGAAAAUGUGUUAUAGAGUGAGUGUAUUGAGUUAUUUUGUAUAGAAUCUGUACGAAGGUGAUAUUUAUCAUCGUACACGAAUGGCAGUCGCUAGAGAUAUUUUGUUUGUAGAGAUAUUUUGAAGGUCGUAGGGUCACUGUAAAGUCAGGUUAAAUUCCACAAUAAUUAUAUUUAAGCUAUAUCGACGCUAACCAUCAGAUUGUUGUUAGUCGUGACGAGCGAUCAAGCUAAGAGGAAACGGUCAGAAGACUGAGUGUUUAUUAAGAAUAUUACAUAAGGUCGGCGCCACACUGAGCUACUAAUAUUCAUUUCGUUUCCCACCUGCAAGCGAUAGUAACGUGAAGUGUGAGCCUUUGUAGCAAUGCGCGUGCGCCGUGCCAACUUGAUAUGUAGGUAAUAAGGGCACUGAUAUUGAGACAUGUGGCGCAGGAGGGAAAGGCGGACUGUACAGGGUCUUAAGAUAUUUUUUUACUUUAAAUUGGUUUCUUAUUAUAAAGAAAUUUUACGAAGUAUUUUAUUUAUUAUAUUAAUUUUAUAUAGAUAUGUUAUUUUUGAGACAAUAUAAAUACAUAUUUUAAUUAUAUACAUUUCGAUAAAUACAAACAUAAUUUCAGAAAAUUAGUACAAGUAAUAGUUUUAUUCAUUACUUUUAUACGACUGUUCGAACGUAUUUAACAUGUCACGAUUGUGUUAUCGUUCGCAAUGCCAUGCAGAUGAAACAACGCGAUCUUUGCCAUAUCUUUGUUAAACUGUAAGAUUAAGGGAUUUUAAGGUGAUACUUUAAGCAAUAAAAUACACAACAGGGUAAAUAUAAUGUUUUAUUUUAAUAAAUGCGAUGUAUUGAAGUAAGACUAUGUUGUUGUUGGAAGCCU